GCCCUCUACCUAGUAACUAUUGACGAGCCACCAAACGCUUCAGUAUUUCCAACAAAAAGCAACUAUGGGUAAAGACCAUCCCGAUGCAGAGCUACAUCCCGAGGCCACGGGCUUAGCUGCAGCGACGGUCAAGGCCCACUCUACAGAGUGUUCGCUUAAGUUGUACUCUGGCUGGUUUUGCCCCUUUGUGCAGCGAGUCUGGAUUGCCCUCGAGGAGAAAGGCAUCCAGUACCAGUACAUUGAAGUCAAUCCUUAUCACAAACCACAGUCUCUGUUGGAUCUCAAUCCGCGCGGUCUUGUUCCAACUCUGCAAUUCGAGAACAAGCCCUUGUACGAGAGCACCGUCCUUUGCGAGUUUCUGGAAGAGGCAUUUCCUAAACAUACACCCCAUCUGAUGCCCCAAGACGCAUACGAACGGGCCAGAAGCAGGAUUUGGAUGGAUUAUGUCGGUAGUAGGGUCAUCCCAGCGUACCAUCGCUUCCUACAACAUCAAGGCGACGGUCUGGAAGAGAAGCAGAAGGAGCUCCUGAACCACCUCAAAGAGUUCACACGCGAGAUGGAUGCCGAAGGCCCUUUCUUCUCCGGUCAAGACUUUGGGCUCAUUGACAUUGUCAUUGCGCCCUGGGCGAAUAGGCUUUGGGUUUUCGAUCACUUCAAAGGCGGCUCGGGCAUUCCCGAGGAAGGAAAGGGUGGUGAUGAUGAAGAGGUGUGGAAGAGGUUCAAAAAGUGGCUGUCUGCUGUCGAGAGCAGAAAGAGUGUCAAGGAGACGCUGAGUGAGAGACAGCAUUACCUGCCUAUCUACCAGAGGUAUGCAGAGGAUCGGGCGCAGUCAGAGGCGGCCAAAGCUAUCAGGGCUGGCAGAGGCAUCCCCUAA